UACAGCAAUAAAAAGAUUCUUCUCCUCUAACAACAUCUACUUUCCUCUUUUACCUUCUUUACAAAUAUAUUCUUUUAUUCUCCUCUUAUAUUGCCUUUUACUUUAGCUUCGUAAAAGACGCGUCUAUCUUGAAUCGCCCUGCGGUCACUCCAAACUAUAGAACACAACGACCAAAAACACAAACUUUCUACCAUGGCACACCUCACCCCAGCAUCGAUCUUGGCUUCCAUGAACAACGGAGCCGCCUGCACACCGUCUGAGCUCAUGAACUACCAUAACUGUAGCGGUAUGAGUCCUAUUGAGGAUUCGGACUCGGACUCCUCCUACUCAGGCUCUAGUUCUUCCUCACUCUCAAUGAACGUAAAUAGUGCUCCUACUGGGCUGGCUGCACAGAAUGGUCAACCUAUUACCUAUCACUAUUUUUGCAACUUCCCUACGUGCGAUUAUCAUAGUGCGAGAUCUGAUCCUGUCAAGCGCCACAGAGAUACACACUACCCAGAUUACAAGCCUUACAUCUGCAACUAUUGCCAGGCAAGCUCGGCUCGUCGAGACUCCACUCGUGAACACUGCUUGAAGCAACAUAAGGAUGAUUCCGAAAACGCCUUCCGAUAUGAUACCACGAUCCCAAAGCCUGAGGGCUGGAUCGCUUAUGAGCCUAAGCGAUCUCCAUGGCCACCAAUAAUGAUCUAA